AUGAUAUUCUCUGUUCUCAUCAUCGCGGCGCUGGCAGCCCGGGCGAUAGCGACCCCAGUCAUUUCCCGAGCCUUCGCUUCCGACACUCUUUACAUCAUCACAAACGAUCCUCAAGGAAACUAUGUUGUUGCAGCGAAUAUCGACAACAACAGUGGGAAUCUGACCUAUGCGGGGAUAACCUCGGCUGGAGGGUCAGGUGUCCACGGACAGGUCGACCCGACGGCGCCAGUUGCUCCUCUGCAGGGCGACGCUACGUUCUCGCAGGGAAUCGUGCAGGUUCACCAGCGCAACAACCUACUUGCCACUGUCAACACCGCCGAUUCUACAGUCGUUCUCUUUUCGAUUGACCCCCUUCAACCAGGUCGUCUCACGAUGAUCGGGCAACCUGUGCCGUCCGGGGGUACAUCACCAAACUCGUUGGUCUUCAACGAAGCUGGGGAUCGCCUUUGGGUGCUGAACACGGGCGCCGUCAACGGAGUAGCGUGCUUCGCAGUGACUGAGAACGGACUGGAAGCCCAAGCCGACACGAUUCGAUCGCUUGGACUCAAUCAGACUACCCCGUCGACCGGUCCCUUCAACACGGCAUCACAGGUCCUCUACACUCAAGGCGAACAAGGCAUCCUCGUCGCCGUCAAGGGACAGUUUAACGGCAGCCUCGGAUUCCUCGCUGUCUGGGACAUCGACGAAGAGGGAAACGUGGCUGAGAACUUCACUCGGAUAGCGACCCCGCCUACCUCAGGAUUCCCGUUCUCGCUGGAAGCCAUCAAUGGCGCGAACGCGUAUCUAGCGGCAGACUUUGGGCUUGGAAUAGACGUUUACGACUUUAGUGAGGGCGUCGAUAACGUCUCCUCGAGUAACCGGACCACCGCAGUUGCCAUUCCGGGCCAGAAUGCCGCCUGCUGGACCACGUACAGCGAACUGCUAGACAGGUAUUAUGUCAUGGAUGUCAACAGGAACGUCAUCACAUCCGUCGAGAUUGACUCUAAUCUGACGGUCACCGUCGGUUCUAACUUCACCGCCGACUCUGGACCUAUCGACUCUCAAGCAUUAUCCAUUGGUGAACACAGCUACCUCUACUCGCUCCUGGCUUCAAGCCUCCAAAUUGGCGUCUGGAGACUAGACGGGGUCGAAGAACCUGUAAGACAAUCAUCUCUGGACCUUACCAUUAUCCUUCAGGAUGGCGCCUCUCUCACGGCGAACUACACCCAAGGAAUGGCAUAUUACAAGAGUGGAUACUACGAGUGA